UGAAACAAAAAAUUCUAAUUUUUUUUAACCAAAAUUUUAACGACGUGCCAAUUAAUGAACAACUAAUUUAAUUAAUUAACCAUAUAGUAAAAAUAUUAAAAUAAUGACUUUAUAUCAUUUUGGUAAUUGUUUAGCACUGGUUUAUGUGCCAUAUUACAUGACCUAUAAAUACUCCGGCUUAUCUGAAUAUGGAGCCUUUUGGAAGUGCAUACAGGCUGGCGGUAUAUAUGUGUUUACACAGUUGUGUAAAAUGUUGGUUUUAGCCACGUUUUUCGACUCGGAUUCCUUAAGUAGUACAACGGGAGAUUUUAAUUUUUUGGCUGAAUUCUUACGUUGCAGUGUGGAUAUAGCUGAUUUAUUAGGGUUUGCUUUGAUUCUAUCACGCAUUCCCGGUAAGGGUCACAGCAAAUUAAUAACAGCCGGCUUAGGUUGGGCUGCUGCUGAAGUGCUUUUAUCAAGAGGUAUUAUGCUGUGGGUUGGUGCUCGAGGCACUGAAUUCAGCUGGAUUUAUAUACAAAAAUGUUUAGAGUCAAAUGUUUUACUGAUUCAACAUAUAACCACCGCUACUUUGGUUUGGUUAUUCACCCGUCAUGAUUUAAAUAAGGCUUUGAAGCCUUUGGUUACUAUUCUAUUAGUAGUCACCAUAUUCAAGGGAGUUUGGCUCGAAGGUCUCUUAAGCGUAUUGACUUUUGGCCUUUGGUCGUCUAUUGCUGUUAAGGCCUUGAUCUCCUCUUUGAUAGGAUUCGUCACCUUACACGUUUAUUCAGGUUUAGCUCAAAAAAUUGGUAUUUAAGUUUCUAUGUUCCAUAUAAAUAUUUAAAUUUUAUUAUUUGUUUAGUUAAAUGAAAUAAAGCAAUCGAUUUUUCCAAUUAUUACUUUAAAAAAAUGCAAAUAUAUUCCGUAAAUUUUAAAAGUGUUAGAAAAUAUGUAUAAAAAAUACUAAACAGUAUAUAAAUUAGAAGAAAAGAAAUAAAAAGAUAAGUUUUAAAAGAA